AUGUGCAAGUGGUCUUUACAUCAACUGGAUGUUCAGAACGCAUUCCUUCAAGGGGAUCUUCAUGAGGAGCCGUCGUCUCGCCAAUGGAAUGGCAAAUUCUACUCAGUAUUCAUUGCCUAUGGAUUUCAACAAUCUAAAUAUGAUUAUUCCUUGUUCACUCCAAGGAAAGGUGCUGAUUUUCUCGCUCUUCUUCUCUACGUAAAUGACAUGGUCAUUGGGGACACUAAUGAGCACCUUAUUCAAUCAGUUAAAGAUCAUCUUCGAUCAUGUUUUAAACUCAAAGAUUUGGGUCCCAUGAAGUUCUUUCUUGGUAUGAAAAUUGAUAGAUCAACUACCGGAUUAAUGAUCAGUCAAUGCAAUUAUGCAUUGGAUCUUCUUCAAGAUUUUCAAUUUUUGGAUGCCAAGCCUCUUACUUCCCCCACGGAGUUGAAUGUCCAUCUUUCCAUUAAUGAUGGUUCUUUACUUCCAGAUCCUAGCAUCUAUCUUCGAUUAGUUGGACGACUUACAUAUCUCACAUUAACUCGUCCCGAUGUGAGUUAUGUUGUUCAUAACUUGAGUCAGUUUUUGCACUCUCCAACUGAUUACCAUCUUCAAGCUACAUACCGAGUGUUACGUUAUCUACGAGGAUGUCCUGGUCAAGGGAUUUUCUUUUCCUCUACUCUUUCUUAUGACCUUCAGGCAUAUUGUGAUUCAGAUUGGGCAUCCUGUCCUGACUCUCACAGGUCAGUUAAUGGUUUUUGCAUCACCUUAGGUGGUUAUCUGGUGUCAUGGAAAUCUAAGAAGCAAUCUACCAUCUCUCGUUCUUCCGCUGAAGCUGAGUAUCGAGCCAUGGCAAAUACUUGCAGUGAACUAGUAUGGAUUUCAGCUUUACUCCAGGAUCUCAAUUACAUUCAUACACAACCUAUCUCCUUAUAUUGUGAUUCUCAAGCUGCCAUUCACAUUGGCAACAAUCCGGUUUUUCACAAACGUACCAAACACAUUGAAUUAGAUUGUCAUUUCGUUCGGGAAAAGGUUCAAGUUGGUUUGGUGUAA